UCUGAAUUUUAUUUUAUUUUUUCCAGGCAUGGACCAUGGAGAGAGCCAGUUAACCCUUACUAUGUCAACACAGGGUAUGCUUUAGCACCAGCCACCAGUGCCAAUGACAGUGAGCAGCAGAGCAUGUCAAGUGAUGCAGACACUAUGUCACUGACAGACAGCAGUGUAGAUGGAAUCCCACCAUAUAGACUCCGGAAGCAGCAUCGCAGAGAGAUGCAAGAAAGUGCCAAAGCAAAUGGACGUGUGCCACUACCUCACAUUCCUCGUACAUACCGAAUGCCAAAGGAUAUCCAUGUUGAACCACAGAAGUUUGCUGCAGAGUUGAUCAAUCGCUUGGAGGAAGUGCAAAAGGAACGUGAAGCAGAGGAAAAGUUAGAAGAGCGCCUUAAACGUGUUCGAGCGGAGGAAGAAGGUGAGGAUGCAGAUCUCUCUUCUGGUCCUUCAGUUAUUAGCCACAAGCUGCCUUCCACCCAGACCAUGCAUCACUUCACACCUCGUUACUCUGAGAUGAGCUGUGCUGGGAUGCAGAUGAGAGAUGCCCAUGAAGAGAACCCAGAAAGCAUUCUUGAUGAACAUGUACAGCGCGUCAUGAAAACCCCAGGCUGUCAGUCCCCAGGGCCUGGUCGCCAUUCCCCCAAGCCUCGAUCCCCAGAGAGCAGUCAUGCUGGCAAGAUGCCUGGCAUGCCAGGGACAAUACCUCCAGGACAUGGCAAGCACACCACAAAAUCAGGAAUGAAACUUGAUGCAGCUAACUUGUACCACCAUAAGCAUGUCUACCACCACAUCCAUCACCACAGUAUGAUGAAACCAAAAGAGCAGAUCGAGGCUGAGGCUACCCAGAGAGUACAGAACAGCUUUGCUUGGAACGUAGAUUCACAUAACUAUGCAACAAAAUCACGGAACUACAAUGAAAGCAUGGUCAUGGCACCCAACCCCAUGGAAUCACUAGGCUACAGUGGGAAAGCAAGUCUACUUUCAAAAAGAAAUGUCAAGAAGACUGAUUCAGGGAAAAGUGAUGGUGCCAGCUAUGAGAUGCCAGGAUCUCCUGAAGAUGCUGAGAGGAACCAGAAAAUCCUACAGUGGAUCAUAGAAGGAGAGAAGGAGAUCAGCAGGCAUAAGAAAGCAAACCAUGGCUCUUCAGGUGCUAAGAAGCAGCUGGCUCAUGAGAUGGCCAGACCCCUCUCCAUUGAGCGACCUCUUGCUGUACACCCAUGGGUCAGUGCCCAGCUUCGGAAUGUAGUCCAGCCUUCUCACCCCUUCAUUCAAGAUCCUACCAUGCCGCCUAACCCAGCACCCAACCCUCUGACCCAGCUGGAAGAAGCCCGCAGGCGGCUGGAAGAAGAAGAGAAAAGGGCUGGAAAACUGCCCCCCAAACAGAGGUAUGUUCAAGAGGUUAUCCAGCGUGGUCGCACUUCUGUCAGACCAGCUUGUAUUCCAAUGCUGAAUGUGGUACCAGCUGUCUCCAACAUGGAUCUCUCCAAGUCUGAGUUGAAGCCCCAGAAAAGACCAGGCAGUGGUGCUUCCCAUCCAUGUGAGAACAUUGUGGUUGCUUAUUACUUCUGUGGAGAGCCAAUCCCCUAUCGCACCCUUGUCAAGGGACGGGUGGUAACUCUGGGACAAUUCAAGGAGCUGCUCACCAAGAAAGGGAACUACAGGUAUUACUUUAAAAAAGUGAGUGAUGAGUUUGACUGUGGAGUGGUCUUCGAGGAGGUGCGGGAGGAUGAUGCCAUAUUACCCAUCUUUGAGGAGAAGAUCAUUGGGAAAGUUGAGAAGAUUGAUUAACCUCCAAGGCUCCAGUGAUGCAAGGGAAAAAAGAAAGAAAGAGGGAGGUUUUGGGAAUGAAGAAGAUGGUCCAGAGCAGAUGCUUGGGAUGCUGCUGCACUGGUGCAGGGCCACCACCAGGGUCAAGGGAGGCACCUCAACUCCUCACAAGGAUUUACGCAAGCUACAUUUUGCCAGUGAGAGUUCUUGCACCACACAUACCUUCCAGGAGGAAUCCUGGUGUGGGCUUCUUCUCCCUACCGAAUAUUAAGUGUAAUCUAGCAUUGUACAGUUACGUUAGAAAAUGUAAUAUGACCUUGUUUACUAAAGCUGCAUAUUUUUUAUAUGUUGUAAUAAAAGGAAAAUAUUUCCAAUGUCA